AUGCAUUCUAAAAUUAGAUUUGGCCGCAAGCUAUUCGCGGACGAAGAAAAACCGUCCAUGAAAGGAAUAUUAGAAAAUCUGUAUAAUCCGUAUUUGGAUUUAUUAUGUCUAUCGUACAAAAAGCACACAUUGCAAGCUAUAAUUUCUGAGACAGUGGCGUAUAUAAGAGGUAGGGGCCUACGGUACAAAAUCCUGAUCAUGUUCUGGGCGGACUUGACAAUUUUUAAGAUAAGUGGAAAGGAGCUCUAAGGUGUGCAGCACAGGGUAGAAACCAGGAAAUGAAAAUGUAGUUUUGAUACCUCAAGCAUCGUAGAGGAAAAAUUACUCAAGGUCCGAGUGGAGGAACAUGUACAAGAUAACUACGAGUGUUGUUCCCACAUUUUUUCAGGCACAAGGAUUUGUUUAUUUGACAAAACGAAUAUAAAGGUUACAAUAAACUAGUAAAAAUUAGUAGUAAGACAUCAGGAAAAAAAUACGGUGCACCCCAGGGUUCAGUACUUGGGCCGAUUUGAAUCCUGAUAUACAUCAAUGAUUUGCCGAAUCACUAAGAUGAAAACUAUAUAUUAUUUAGAUCUAAGAAUAUUUGAGCUUUCACUGCAAAUCAGAUGCUUAAAUUUAAAUGCUUUUAAGCAGACAAUCAGUAGUUUCGUUGCUGAAAAUGCUUUUUCUUCAUACCCAGAGUUCUUGGAUUUUGAAUUUCGAUGUGCUUUAUCUGUUAUUGCUUUUUAGAUUGUUUUUAUUAUUUUACUGUACUUUUUAUACCUACAUUUAAAUUGUGACGUUUCACAUAAUUCUCUGUGUACACUAUUAAGUUUUGUUACAGAGAGACGUGUGUAAGUACUGUGUGC